UCUCAUCAACCAUAGCUUCCGUUUUCAUCCGACGAGAGAGAGAGAGAGAGAGAGAGAAGAAAAAGCAAAAUUCGACUUUUUCUGGGUUUUUAAUUUUUUAGGGUUUCUUCGAAUUUGGAUGGAAACCUCAACUUCAUCUGAAGAUAAUUAUAAAGGAAGAAGAAGCUUUCGUUGUCUCCAUUGUUGCAGAAACUGUCGUCUCUAUUGCUUUUACAGCUAAGCAAUUCUCGAUUCUCUCGUUUUCGAUUAUUUUGGGGUUCUUCUAGAUUUAGGUUAUGGAUCGUACUGCUCAAUCAGAUCUCUCUUUAGGAUUCAGUAGCUCCCACGCUUUGCCGCAACCUCCGAGAAUCCCAAUCGCUGAUGACUCAAUCACGCUUCAGAUUGAUUCUAGUUUCCGUCCAUCUUCUAAUCCAAUACCUCCUGUUCCGCUUCAGCUGCUAGAGCAGAGGUUCGAUUUCACAGGAUUCGUUGAGGAAGACGAUGACGUUGUUGUUGGUGAUAACGAUGAUGUAGAAGUUGAUGAUGAUGAUGAUGAUGAUGAGCAGUUGAUUCUCUUGGGUCAUUCCUUGAAGUUAAAACGAUCUAGAGUUGUUAAUUCCAAUUCAGUGUCAUCAUCAAGUUCUUGUAAAAGAUUUGCAAUUGAUUCAGGGGUUGAGAGUAGACGAGCUGGAGUUAGAGCUUGGGGUAACCAAUCAAUUGAAGAAGCUGAUCCUGAGAUUUAUGAGUUUAUGGAAAAGGAAAAACAAAGACAGUUUAGAGGUAUUGAGCUUAUAGCAUCUGAGAAUUUCGUGUGUAGAGCAGUGAUGGAAGCUUUGGGAUCUCAUUUGACUAAUAAGUACUCAGAAGGGAUGCCUGGAGCUAGAUACUAUACAGGGAAUCAGUAUAUUGAUCAGAUUGAGAUUCUUUGCCAAGAGCGUGCUCUUACUGCUUUUGGACUAAAUCAUGAGAAAUGGGGAGUUAACGUGCAGCCUUAUUCUUGCACUUCAGCCAAUUUCGCUGUUUUUGCUGGUCUUUUGAUGCCUGGUGAACGAAUCAUGGGGUUGGAUUCUCCUUCAGGUGGUCAUAUGAGUCACGGUUAUUACACGCCAGGUGGGAAGAAAGUCUCCGGUGCGUCUAUAUUCUUUGAGAGCUUUCCAUAUAAGGUUGAUCCUCGUACAGGGUAUAUUGAUUAUGAUAAGCUUGAGGAAAAGGCGCUUGACUAUCGUCCGAAAAUACUUAUCUGUGGUGGGAGUUCGUAUCCGAGAGACUGGGAGUUCCCUAGGUUUAGGCAUAUUGCAGACAAAUGUGGAGCUGUUUUGAUGUUUGAUAUGGCACAAAUUAGCGGCCUUGUAGCUGCCAAGGAAAGUCCAAAUCCGUUUGACUAUUGCGAUAUUGUUACCUCAACGACGCACAAGUCUCUACGUGGACCUAGGGGUGGUAUCAUAUUUUAUAGGAGAGGCUUGAAGCCCAAGAAGCAAAGCAUGAAUCCUAAUCACUGUGAGAGCAAUAUCCAAUAUGAGUACGAAGAAAAAAUCAACUUUUCUGUCUUUCCAUCGUUGCAAGGGGGACCUCACAAUAAUCAUAUAGCUGCUCUAGCCAUUGCCCUCAAGCAGGCUGCUUCACCAGAGUACAAGCUUUACAUGCGACAGGUCAAAAAGAAUGCCAAGGCUUUAGCAUCUGCUUUGAUAAGCAGAAAGUGCAAGUUGGUAACAGGUGGCACCGAUAAUCAUUUGCUUCUCUGGGAUCUGACUCCUUUGGGCUUGACAGGCAAGGUGUAUGAGAAAGUAUGCGAAAUGUGCCAUAUCACUGUCAACAAAGUCGCCAUUUUCAGCGAAAACGGCGUUAUUUCCCCUGGAGGAGUGAGAAUAGGCAGUCCGGCUAUGACCUCAAGAGGUUGUUUAGAAUCAGAUUUUGAGACAAUGGCUGAGUUUCUAUAUAGAGCUGCUCAAAUAGCAAGUGCUGGACAGAGGGAGCACGGGAAGUUGCAAAAGGACCCACUGAAAAGCAUCUAUCACUGUAAAGACAUUGCAGAUCUCCGGAACCAAGUCGAAGCUUUUGCUACUCAGUUUGCAAUGCCUGCGUUUGACAUGUGAGUCAUCCUGAAGAACGAGACCACCUCAGUCUCUCUCAUUUUUUUUUUGUUGCCAUGGUAAUCUAAAUCCAUACACCAAUUUCUCUAUUUUACAAAUAUCAACAUUACCUCAAAUUUAUGCUGAACUUAGAUCAAUAUUUGGGGGGGAGAAAACAAACUUUUGUGUGUUGUUGCUACUAUGGUCGGUUAAUUCUUUAUUGCUUGUGUACAUAGACAUUUAGGGGUGUGUUGGGUAUUAGUGUAUCCCCCUUUAUAAGUUCUUUUUUUUUUUUCAAGUGGUAAUAAUAGAACACGGGAAGAAAAAUCAAAAACAAAUUCUGGAAAAUUAGCUGUAAUGCAGUUGAAUUUUUUGUUAUAUAGAAAAGUGGGAAUAAUAAUAUACUUUCAGGAUGUUUGUUUA